AUGGAAAAUUCAACGUUAAUAAACUUGGAAGAAUCCACUGCGAUAAAGGUUGAAGAGUUUAUGAUUACCGAUGUCUUAGAUAUUGAGGCCGAACCAAUCAAAACUAAUGGGUACUGCCGUGAAACUACGGCGACGACACCCUCCGGAGAUGGUCCAUUCGUUGUGAAACAAGCAUCUGCUGCAAUAGACAUCAUUGAUGAAGUAACAGAGACGGCUCCUGCUGCAUCAGCCGGUGGAGACGAUAAAACUGACAGUUUUAGCAACUCACACACUUUGGAAGCGGAACCUCCUACUGGCAGUGGCAGUCAACCGAAACACAUUUGCGACAUCUGUGGCGCAUCGUACAAGUCACGUGGUGGUUUAUAUGCUCACAAAAACAUCCACACAUCUGCUGAGCCUAGACCUUACCAAUGUGAUCAGUGUAGUUCUCGAUUCGUUCAAAAGAGUGCUCUCAAUGUUCACAAAAGGAAACACCUACCGUCAAGUUUCAAAUGUGACAUUUGUGGUAAAGAGUUCCACAUGAUGAAGCAGUUGGAGAGGCACCUGACAUUUCACAGCUUGGAGCGUUCGUAUAAAUGCGAUAUCUGCGGGAAAGGAUACAAUAGGAAGGAGAAUUUUGUUAAGCACAUGAAAAUUCACACGACAACGCAAACUUUCGAAUGUGACAUAUGUGGUCAAAUUUGCGCUCCCGAAUCACUACGGCGGCAUAAACUUACAAAGCACACGUCGGAAAAAAACUUCACGUGUAACGUAUGCAGUAAAGAUUUCCAUAUGAAAGAACAGCUAACAGCGCACCUGAAGCGGCACGGUUCGGAACACCUGCACCGGUGUCCGGUGUGUGGAAAAGAUUUUGUAUUUCGAAGUGAGCUUGCGCGGCAUAUACCUAUUCACAGCGGUGAGCGACCGUUCGAAUGCAACCUCUGCAAUGCCUCCUUUAAGACGCCCGGUGGCUUGCAGCAACACCGAAAAUACCACAUAUCCGACGACCAGAAUCACAUCACUUGUGGUAUCUGUGACCGAAAACUCGCCGACAACUAUACUCUGACCUGUCAUUUGAGAACUCACACCGGAGAGCGACCGUUCGAGUGUGACAUAUGUCACAAAACAUUCAUCAGACGCGUAGAACUUAAUUAUCAUAAAAUCCAAAGCCACACGCAGGAUAAAAAUUUCGAUUGUCCAGAAUGUGGUAAAAAGUUUCAUUUGAAGGCUGGAUUACGACAGCAUAUGAAGGUACAUAGUUCGGAUCGCUCAUACAAGUGUCUGAUAUGCGGAAGAAUCUAUAAACAUAAAUCUACUCUCGUUGAGCAUAUGCAUCAACACACACACGGGGGAGCGUAUAUUUGCGACAUCUGCGGCGCAUCGUACAAGUCCGGUUCCGGUUUGCGUCUACACAAGAAAAUCCACACAUCCGUCGAGCCAAAGCCUCACAAAUGUGACCAGUGUAAUACUCGCUUCACUCACCGAGCUAGUCUCAGCUAUCACAAAAAGAAACACUGUCCGCCAAGUUCCAGUAAGGAAAGCUUGGAUGAGAACAUCGUCUAGUGCAUGC